AUGGGUACCAGAAAGAUUUUCUUACAGGAAGCAGGGGGUCUUUCAUAUCAACAUGAAAAGUACCAUGUUCCAAUCAUCCAUACAGAUAUAAGAACUAGCAACAUUCUACUUGAUAGAGAAUUGCAGCAAAAAAUAGCAAAUUUUGGGCUUAUAAGACUGCUACCAGAAGAUACGACUCAUCUUAGCACAAAAUUCUCAGGGACUUUGACUAUAGCUGUUCACUUCACCAACCCAUUCCAUGUCAGCACACGUGUAGCAGAUAAAUGCAGUGAUGGCACCUUGCUUUUGCAGGUGAUACUCCACUCACAAGUGAAGGCUAACUUAACCAUACACGAUUCUUGGCUGGACCUAAAAGACGGUUUUACCCUUGCUGGUGAAAGUCAAAGUAAUGGAAGACCAACAUCCGCCUUCUUUCCACUUGUAGUUCCUUCUACAUCAAGAGCCGAAAUCUUAUGA